AUGGCUUAUCUGGGAACUCCAUCUUUUACUUUAACUUCAGAGAGUCAAAAUCUCAGCUCGUGUAUCGCGAAUGCCACCCAUCGCCACGUCAUGCCAACAGCCCCAAAAACGAGAGCCUGA